AUGAUAAAACGCUUGUUUAGUGCAAUCAUUUUAACGGUAGUUAUUCAAACUAGACUAAGUCGAAGUGCCAUCAUACCAAAUCCCAAACUGAAUGUCAUUGCCAACAAUGAGGAGGGAUUUUUGGAGUUACGUCCCAAUGGGACAUUGAUUUUACGCAGUACCAUGGAAAAUUCUCCCAAUGCCAUACAGAAUGCCAUACAACAAGCGGUACUGUUUAGGACCAUUUUGAAUGCCAUACGACAUUCGGGAAAUAGCCUAAACGACCUUAGCAUGAAGAUCUAUGGCGAGGGAAUAGAGCAUAAAUUUCCACCAUUUUUGGAACGUGUUAUCCAGCGUAUACAGACCUAUUUUUCGGUGUACAAAUACACCGAUAGUAGUGAGCCGUUGCGAGAUAAAAACAAACCAAUUACGCCCAUAAAUGAUACGCUUUACGAAGAAAUCGAUACCGAUUUGGACAGUGAUAAUGGAGCUAAUAAAAAUACAACAAUCAAGCCGAAUGCAGAAAUGCACAAAACAACAUCGUCGGUUGCAACGAAAGCAACGGUGCCAAUGAAAUCGACAACGGCUAAAACAAUAACAACAACAACUGCAAGCAAAGUAAACGAAUCCAUAGCAACAAAAAAUGAGACUGCUACGCAUGCGCAACCAUCAUUGUCACCAUCGUCAUCACCAAAGCCAGCAUUGGUGCCGGCCAUGCCGCCCAUCAGUGAAGAAAAUGAAUUUAACGAAAUCAAAAACCACAAAUCGAAAGGAAAAUCUUGA